AUGCUUUGGCGAACAAAGUCCCACCACAGUCAGGCCUCCGAGGACGCCUCCCUCUCCAAAACAGCGUCCGCAUCCAAAAAUGACCCUGCCGCAUCCGCCACCGCGGCGGCGGGCACUGAAUGGUUGGCCGGUCACUUGAACCACCUUACACCAGAACAAGAAGAGAAACUGGCACAGUUUAAGACGGUCUGUGCUGAGCGUGGUUACUAUACUGCUGCUGUGGAACCAGCUGAAGGCGUGGAGGAGAAGCCUCCUAGCCAUGAUGAUGCGACAAUGCUUCGGUUCUUGCGAGCCCGAAAGUUCGAUGUCGAGGGUGCGUGGGGUCAAUUUAAGGAUACGGAGGACUGGCGCAAAGAAAAUGCCAUUGAGUCGCUUUAUGCGAAUAUUGGUGUGGACUCAUAUGAGGCUUCCAGACGGAUGUACCCGCAAUGGACUGGUCGUCGUGAUCGCCGUGGUAUCCCCGUUUACGUUUUCGAAAUCCGUCAUUUGAACUCAAAGGAGAUGGCGACUUAUAACGCGAACAUCAAUAAUGGUACACCGGAAUCUCACAAGUCCUCAUCUGUCCCCGCGCGCCUGCUCAACUUGUUUGCUUUGUAUGAGAACUUGCUUGGCUUCGUUAUGCCUCUUUGCUCUGCUUUGUCUAGACCUAACCCCGAGACUCCUAUUGUCACCUCGACCAACAUUGUGGAUGUUAGUGGAGUUGGAUUGAAACAGUUCUGGAAUUUGAAGAGCCAUAUGCAGGACGCGAGUGUGUUGGCUACUGCUCAUUACCCUGAGACUCUUGAUCGGAUCUUUAUUAUCGGUGCCCCUGCUUUCUUCCCUACCGUUUGGGGCUGGAUUAAGCGCUGGUUCGACCCAGUCACUACCUCCAAGAUUUUCAUUCUCUCCGCUUCAGAGGUCAAGCCAACCCUCGCAUCCUUCAUGGACCCUUCCAGUUUCCCAAAGCAAUAUGGUGGCGACCUGGAGUGGCAAUGGGGCGACCUUCCCAACUUGGACGAACCAGCCAGCGAGCUACUGAAGGGUGUGCAGACAGGCGAAAAGACGGACAUUAUCAAGGGUCCGAUGUUGUUCCAGGGUGAUCAGAUCGAGGUCCUUGGUUCCGAAGAUGGCAAGGAGCGACGGAAGACCGUGCCCGUUCCUCAGUCCCCCGCCCCCGCAGAGUCCUCAAGCAGCGAUGCUGAUUCCACACCCGUUCCCACGGAGAACGAGAAGAUCGCUGUGAACGUUGAUCAAGUCUCUACCGAGGAGACUCAGACUACUACUGUGGCGGCAUAG